AUGCACACGCCGGCCACCCACAGACGGCCGUUCCGGCAGCAGCCCUACCGGCCCUUCACCCAGGCCAGGCCUAGGCCAUUUAACAAUCGCCGGACGGCCCCCUACCGCCGCAGGCCGUCGAGGGACAUGGUGGUGACGGUUACAAAGCCCGCUCUCCAGACGCUCACCUGGUGGCUGGAUCCGGGGGUUGUCUGCGCAGGGGUCCCGUUCCGCCAUCCUCGCCCGUCUGUCACCCUGACCACAGACGCCUCGGCGCUUGGACACCAAUGGAAUUGCACCAACAUCGUCUACCUGCUCAUCGAUCACCUGCUACACGAUGAAACCAACAUGGACGAGAAGCUGCUAAAGCUCGUUGUGAAGCAGUUUGUCUUCCUCUGGAACUUACUGUACGAUAUUGAAGAUCAUAAACCAGCAAAGAUUUUUGAAGAUGUGACAAAAGUGCUGAAGAGGUGCAGCAACAAUGCUGCUACCACCUACCUUGUGAAGGGUGUGAACAAAUGCAAAAGCUGCCAGAACGAGAUCACUGACCCGGCUGAGCUGCCCUGUGGUCACAUUUUCUGCACUCAGUGCAUCCGGGAGUGGAACAUCAGGCAGUGCAAGAUCUGCAAGGAGAGCGUCCCUGAGGAUUACGUGCCCACUGCCACCCAGAUCACCAGGGAGGCAGUUGCAAGUCACAACAAAUUCAGGAGGAAGUGCAACUCCUUCUUUGUGGAGUUUGUCAGUAGUUACUGUUUUGGGGACAAAAUCCCACCAUCUGCAGAGAUCAUCAAACAACUGAUUAAGUUUGUGGCCUGCAAACCUUCUAACCCAGAACAUCAAGAGAUUAGAAAGGUGUACAAACCAACAAGUGACUUGUCGCCCUUUGAAGAAUGCAUGGACCCGAGUCCUACUGUCAAGUCCUCCCUUUUGAAAAUGCUGCUCCGAUGCAGGCUAGACGAUGUGAAGGAACACCUGGAAGAAUAUCUCUCCAGGAUGGAGGAAGCAUUAUCAUUAAAUCAAACCAGUUGUGAUGAUUUCUAUUUCAUGGCAGUGUGCUGCUUUGAGGAUUUUAUGUAUUCCUCCUUUCAAGAAGACGCCAGCCAGAAUUCAGAGCACUUGCUCUCCACUGCAGAUCUGUCUGCUCCCAGCUCUGCCACCGUCACCAGCAUUGAAAACCUGCAGUUCAUUGCUAAGCUCCGACUCGCCAUCAGUAACGUUGCAACUGACAUAAAAGUCAGCUCCAAUGAACCACUGAUGCAGGUGACUCUAGACAGAGCAAGAGGCCACAUUAAAAACACAGACCCUGAAGAAGCCAAGCAACUAACAACCAUCACAAAGCACAUGGAGAGGCUCCUACAGGCAUCGUUGCCCUCAGAAGAAUCUGUGGAAAACAAAUUGGAAAAGAUCAUGAGUGACGUGAGCAGCCAGGAGAACGCAGCCCUGCUGGAAGUGGUGCUGCAUACUGCUGUCACGCUGACCCUGUCCCAGCACCCACUCACCGAGCUAUUCAAAUCCAUCUGCUUCCAGCCCAGCGCUGUCACGGGGACCUACCUUCCGACCAUGCCGGGCGACCUUCUCUUUGAUGUGACAAAUUGGAAAAACAAUCAGCUUGAAAAACUGUGGAGAUGCCAAUGUGGGCAGUACUGGCGCAUUGAAGAUUGCGGACGGCCCUGGUUUAUUAUCAAGUGUCUGUGUGGCUCCGAGGUCGGUGGGGCUAAUCACAAACCGGUCCAGGGAUUUGAGGAAGUAGAUAUCACGAAGGAUAAAACAGAGAGAGGCUACGUGCUGGGGUGUCCGUCCGCACGGAACAAUGAGACAGAGAGGGAUCUGCCUGCAGCCGCAGUCUGCAUCGCCAGAGCACUGCUCCAUUCUUCAAUGCUCCUAGGGACUUUUACCGAUAGACAGUCCAUUUUGGAGCUAAUGAAAGUGAAGCAACAGGACGCAGAAACAUUCUUUUUGGACCACCUUGAAAAAGACAUCCAGUUCCUAGCAGAGUCACUUAGUAGAAACAUAGACGAUGCAACGAUGACAGUCCACCUGUUCCUCAGAUACAUCCUCGAGAGCACAGCAGCCACAAACAUGACCAUUAAAGUCAUGCAUGAAAAAGAAGACAGAGUACGGUGGGAAAGGUGCUUAAAAGAUGUAACGCAGUCGUUCUUCCAGGUGCUGGAGCAGAAACUUGCUUCUGCAAAGCAGCAAAUUCAUAGUUCAAAUAUUCUCCUGAAAAUAGCCGAUGGCCAGUCCCUGCCUUUCAGCCACCUGCCGACCUGCGGGCCCAUCAACAUGCCCUGCAUGUGGAGAUUUGAACAGAGGAUGACAGUCCAGCGCCUGACCCAUCUGGUGCAACAAGAAAAUGGAGAAAACCAGUUCCCUCUGCUCCUGGCACUCCUGUCCAAGCACCAGCACAUUCGACACAUACAGCACCUGCCUGAAAUUCUCAUUCUGCAGCGCUCUCUGAUCCACUGUUUCCAAAAUGGCGAUAUCUGGGAUAAUACCCCGUCAAUCUCUCCUGUUGACAGAGAAUUUCCCAAAGGUGAAAGGCUUUCUGUGAGAAAGUUCUUGGAACGGGACGACCUCUCAGAUGAUCAGCGUUUUGCUUUUGAAAGAGCCAUACAGACUGUUCAGAAAGUGUGGAGCAAUAUAAGAUCAAGUCCCAGAAGCUCAGAAAUCAGUAUCCCUGAAGAACUGUGGUGCAAGGAGAUCAGCGCUGACACUGACCUCCUGGACCUCCUGCCAACCACUCCAUCCGUAACUUCCAUUGUUACAAAGUUUUUAAUAGAGCUCCAGAACAGCUGUAUUGACACAGCUGCUCAACUCACUAAGGAAAAACAAAGGUCUGUUUCAGCGGAAGAGGUGAAGCUCGCCUCUGUGUUAAGUGUUACCGAGAGCGACUUGAUCACCAUGGCGCUGUUGAACUUCCAGUAUGUGCUAGAGGAAGAUGGAACCAAAACCACCCACUAUAACUUCCUGACUCUGCAGAGGCAAGUGAUUCACCGCUUCAUCAGCGGGAAGCCCGUCGUGAAAGCCCAGACAACUCCGUCCAUUACACUGAAAAAUGUGAAGACUCUGCACUCCACAAAAGAUAAUGUUAAAGAACAAUUGCAUCAGGAACCACUGAGCGUGAGUCUGAUGAAACGCAUUAUGGAAGAGGCCAAUUCAGUGAGCGACAUUUCCAGAGCACUCUCCACCCUGAAAGUGGCUGCAGAGUUCCUGGCUGUGACUGGAGGGAACCCGGAGCGGCUCCUGACUGAGUAUGUCAGAAAUGAGCUGAAGAUGGAGGCUAAUGCAAAGCAGUUCAGAGACUUACCGGUUGUCCCACAAACCCAGCUGAAGCACAUCCUGUCUCUGUGGCAGAUCCUGUCAGCAAAGAGAUCAGCGCUACUUGUACAAAUGAACCAGAAUCCCUUCUUCCUGAUAGACAAGGACUACCACGACGAGCUGGCUGACCAGGAGAGAGAGGAGCUGACAACUGCAUUAUCUACUGUCAAUAUUGAGUUCUUUAUCAUCGAGCUGCACGAAAUGAUCACAGUGGAAUUGGAAAGCUACGAAAACAGUUGGGGGAUAGUGGAGACCUUUCAAGCAUAUUUAGAAAAAGAGGGAAAAGAGGAAAUUUACAUUGAGAAUCUGACCAGCGCUGUGAGCCAGGACCUUUGUCUGAAGAACGUCAUUUCAGUCUGGAAAACUGCUGUGCUAAUCAACAAAACAUACGCCCUCUCUUACAUACAAGAGUGAAUGGGUCCUUGAAUUGUUUCCUGUGGAUACCAGAACCAAUUACUGCACCCAGCCUGUAAUUCACAGCAAUUUAGGAAGUAGAGUUUCUUUGGGAAGUGAGUCCACUCAAAUCACCAGGCCGAUGCAUCACUUGAAUCAAAAUAAGCCUUCAAUCAGAUCUAAGUGGUGCCUGGGCCUGGGCAUUUGAGCUGAGAUGUUAUGGGCAUGACCAGCUAUGCGAGUGUUGCUAUGCGCGUUGCUUUCUGCAAGCGGGUGAAUUUCACCCACCGAGACCUACAAAUGGUGGGCAGGAUUCUUGUGCCACUAUGGCCUUGUCGACAUGUGGUGCUUUAAUGCUGCCAGUCUAGAGAAGGGGAGUAAGCGAUACCUCUGUAAGGGCACUGAUCUGUAAGGGGAAGCACUGGAGCCCAGUGGCUAGAGCGGGGGAGUGGGACCCAGGAGACCUACGUUCUGUUCAGUAAAAUGGGGGAAAUGACACUGAUCUGUUACAUAAAGUGCUGUGGCAUCUGCAGGUGAAAAGCGCCAGGUUCUCUCAUACGGGUGUAACUGUCCCCAGCCUAGGGCUGGCCCGGGUAUAGCUAUUUUGUAAAAUGAUCACACUCCUCACUGACACGGUUACACCAGCACAACUUCCGAGUGUCGUCUGGGCCUUGCACUGAGCAGUAACCACUGGAGGCAGCGGGGCUGGUUCUCAGCCUGGCCACUCCUGCAGUCAUUUGCACCUGAGCAAAGUGCGUGUAAAAUGCCACCAAAUCGGAAGGGUCCUUGCAGCCACGUUGCCCUCUCUUGGUGCAAGAACAACACAAGGUGCAAAGUGGAGGAGACGACCCCAUGGAUAACAGAGCAUUAAGCCCCUAAUUUUUAAAGUCUUUGAUGAAUCAUCUCAGCCAGGGAUUCUCAGACUUGGUCCGAAUCGCCCUCCGUUGUAUUCUAGCUCUUUACCUGUGCUUUAGCAGAUGGACUCACCAGUUCUUUCUGGCAGUGUCAUGGCAUGCACCGUACUACGGACUCUGUGAUCACAGUGGUCCCUUCUGGCCUUACAGUCUGUGGGUCUCUGCUCAGUGCUUUGCAGCUA